AUGAAUGAGUGUGUCAAGAACACCACUGAAAUUGCUCUCAUUGGAGUCGAUUUUUGUGAAAUUGGCCUGAGAGGCACCUGCUCACCUUUUGGAAAUGAAGAACUGAAAAGAGAUUCUGAGAUUCAGAAAGGGUUACUGGCCACAUAUAAUAGCCUCACAGAUAAACACCUGGCUGGGUAUUUCAACAAUACCAGGAUCAGGAGGCACCUGCUAAGAUCCGGACUGAUCACAAGAAGUGGAAGAAUACUUUCUGAAAAGGAAUACAAAGUGAACGCCAUGAAGCAGGAUCACCAAAAGCACGUCCGGGAGUGCUUAGCCCAGGCCAUCUUCCACAAGGUCCUGGACAUGGAGCGCUACCACCAGCUUGAAAUAAAAAGGAAACUGGACACCUUAGCUAGGAAAGAGCGGAUUCAGAGGUUGAAGGGAGAACACACAAGACGAUUUACUGAAGAUAACAUGCCCAUUCUGACUCCCCAUCCCCCAGCUGGCCCAAAGACUAACCGGGGCUGUAGCAUUCUGGCUGAGGAAGGACGUUCUAGUCCAUUAACACUGACAGCCUCUCGACCGUAUACUGCCCCAGGAAAUAUGCAGCCUCUGAUUCGAUUGCAGCCUCUUCUCAGUAAUUGUGCAACGAGAAAUAUUUCAAAGAUAACUUCAGGGUCCAAACCCAAAACCUCAUUGCUGGAAAGCGAAGCUCCAUUUCCUAUUGGGGGCAAGAAGGCAAUGAUGAAGUUCAGGAACUGCAUGGACAAUUCCCAGAGGCUGGAUUCCUACCAACUUCCAGACAUUAACAGUUACCACACACCUGUGCCUCCCACACCUCUACCCCAAACAGGAAAGAUCUUCAGGGAGAACAGGUCCGAGCCUUGGAGGAGGAAAAGGCUGCGCCCCAUCACAGCUCCCAACGGCUUAGAGCCCCUCUGCACCAGGGAUCAAGGGAGGAUUUACAAAGCUGCCCCGCAUAGCAAUGCAGUUAUCACAAUGGUCUAUCUUGGGAAGAAUGUGCACCUAUCCUAUGAUGACAAAGACUUUCGAGAUGAAAUCAAGAUUUACCAACAGCACUGUGGAGGAGAGAACCUUUGUAUCUACAAAGGCAAACUGCUUGAAAAAGACAUCUUUCAGUUCAUCUCCAAACGGCACCAUGGCUUCCCUUUCAGCCUCACCUUCUUUCUGAAUGGGAUUCAGGUGAACAGGCUCAGUUCCUGCUGCGAGUACAAGCACCGCAGGAGCUCCAGGCUCGGAGGCAAGAGAGGCUACUUUGGGUUUGUGAGCGUGGAGAAGGCAUCUCCAUGCUACAGGUGCAUUAUUGCCAUGGGCCUUGACAGGAAACCAUCUCAAACAAAACCUAGGAAGGAAAAGACUUCUGAGAAAAAGGAGGAGCAACUGAAGAGGAGCCAGGGGAAACUGAGGAAGGACAGAGAGAACGCGUCAAUGAGGAGGGGCGAGACGGAGGGGAGGGAGAACUCCAUCUCAGCCACCUUCUCAGCGGAGGAGAUAAAAUCAGGAGUCAGAGAAGUGAGGACGGCUAUAGAGGAAAUGGAAUGGAAGGGAAAGUCAGAACAAGAAGUCUGGGAAGAGGACCAGGAAAACACUUUCAAAUAUGACUAUGAAGAAGAUUUUGAAGUAGAUGAGGAAAGUCAAGAUGAGAGAGCUGAAGAUGAGGAUCAGGUUGAAGAUCAGAUGUGUGGAACAUCCAAGUCACCCACUGAAGGAGAAAGAGAUAAUUCAAGCCCAAAAAAGGAGAUUGAAAUCUCUUCAGAGAAGGCACUAGAUGUCUGUGGCAGUGAGAGCCGAGAGGAUGAUGUGUGCUUGGACAGUGACGAGGAGGAUAAACAAGAUAUUAAGACCGUUUCAUCGAUCUCAUCUAGAAGUCAUCCUUACUCUAGUGAGAGUGAAGAGGAUUUUACGGAUGCAUGUGUAGAAGCCCACUCUGGGAACAGUGCUGUGGGAAGUUCCAGAAGCUCCUCCUCUCAGGACCUACAGGAAAAUGACACCUGUGGAAAACUCCACAUUCCUGUCGAAGAGUCCUUGGAAACUGAGAUUGAAGAGCAAGAAAUCACAAAAGUCGAUGUGGACAACGGAUCUCAGUUGACAGAGGUUAGUUGUACCCAUGUUGCUGAGGAAGAACCAAGUGAGGGAACCCAAGAGUUUGCAGAGAGUGAACCCAAGAUAUCUUGGCAGUCUGCUUCUCCAGCGGCAAAGGCAGGAGGCACCAUUAUGGUGGAGGAAAGAGAAGAAGGGGUGAAAGAAGAGGUUGGACAGAUAACAGAUGAAGCCCAACCACCUGGCCACUACUGCUCCAACACUGCAGCUGGACCUAGCACCACCGAGGAUGAGGUGACACCCAAGAGGAAACGGGAGGUCAAUGUGGCUGGAGUGGUGGAGGAAAGGGCAGCCAGCAGCUCAAAUGAGCAACCCGAGCAAGCUGCACGAGGGGUGUGCACACUGGAGAAGGAAACAGCUAUGGCGGAAGAUGAACGUUCCCAGCCUAAGGAUGCUGACACUGAUGCCGCACUGAGGGAGAAAACAAGGAAGGAGGAAGAUGAAGCCCACCAUCCCCAGGAUGCUGACAUGAAUGUUGAGCUGAGGGAGAAAGUGAGGAGAAGUGUAGAGGUCCCCUUGGGGAAGAGGAACCUCACAGAAGAGCAGCCAGCAUUAGCAGAGCAGUCGACAGGGAAAGGAGAGCGCCCCCCGAGCACAGCUAGUGAGGCAGAGGCAGGCUCAGAAGGACAUAGCAGGUGUGGUGAGGAACAGUUAAACCCCACAGGUGUCUCAGUGUCUCAGAGAGAUGUGGACCCCAACAGGCAGACCUUGCUGCAGACAGUGGUGGAGAAAGAUAGGGCAGAUUCAGAAAGGGGGCAGGUAUUGGAGAAGGCAGUGCUCAGUUCAGAGACUCUUGGGGAAUCAGCAGUUCUGAAAGAAGCAGAGACUCCUGAAUUGGAGGAGGUAGAGAGGGAGGUGGGCACCCCAAGACCAGAUGGUGACCAGGGCAAAGAGGGAGCUCUCACAGAGCUAGAGGAUACGAAGCCCAUGGAGGACACAGCACAGGAGAGAGAGAAUGGUUUUGAAGCUGCAAUACUUGGAGGAAGGAAAGCGGCUACUGAGAGGAGGAAAGUUCUAGAAGCAGAAGCUUCCUUGAGUUCCUCGGCAGGAGAAGUAGGGGCAAGUGCCAGGGAGGAUGUCCAGGGCAACCCUGAGGCACUCUGGAAGGAAGACACAGCAAGAGAGGGAGUUAUGGCUGACAUAGAAUCUACCCUGGAACAGGAUCCCAGAGUAGUGCUCCCUGGGGAGUUUUCUGCAUCUGGAGACUGGGAGAAAGUUGAGAGGCACCCAACACCUCUGAGAGAAACUGGAUCUGAAAGAGAAGAGGUGACAGGGGUCAAAGUGUUGAAGACAGAAGAGAAGUUAGAAGAGCAAAAGGUUAAAGGGGAAGAAAAGGGCACAGAGAUGGAAGUGAGUUCGGUGGAAGAGGAGAGCACAGAGAAGGAAGUGAGGUCGGUGGAAGAGGCCCAUGCAUCCCCCAACAAGAUGGAGACUGAUGCUGAGGAUAGAGAUCCCACGAGGGCAAUCAAGUUGAAUGAGAACCCAAGACUUCUACAAGAUUCACCCAAAGAAAGAACCAUCACCUUGUUUGAAGCAAAACUUCAAUUUGGACAGUUACUGGAAGAGAAUGAAGCCACAGCUACAGAGCACAAAGAAGAGCUUCCAGGCCAGGAAGGUGAGGCUCCAUUGCAGCAAGGGAGGGCUCCCAGCCAUGAUGGAACGGGGUUGCUAGGAGCCCCUGGACCUGAGCCAGCAGACAAAGCUCGGGUGCCUGAGAAUGUUUUCACAGCUAGAAGCCAAGAGUGGGCUGCCAAGGAGCUAGACAGCCUUGAAGGACCAGAGCUACUGCAUGAAGAAGGGCCUUUGGAAGGCCAAGGAAGGGGCAUCAUUACACAUGGAAGCCUUCCUGAGGAAAGGGUCACCAUAGCAGAGGUGUUGAGUAGAGAGCCUGAGAGAGAGAAACCACAGGAAGAGGGAGGUGAGGAUAGAAAGUACCCUUCAGGGUCAGCGGCUGACAGUGUGGCAGGGCAGAUCUGGGCCAUGGGAAGAGGCACAGACAAAGAUGAGGAGGAUCCACAUGGAGGAAGAGCUGAUGAAAUUGCUGAAGACCAGAGGGAAAUGUUAGCAGAGUCAUUGUCAACUUAUGGGGACAGCAUGGCCUCCUCCUCUGCAGAUGGCCAGAAGGAAACACAGAACAGAGCAGAUGAGGUUCUGGGGGAAACAGCAGCUGAGGAAAGGGUGAUAGUUGAGGACAUGGGGGCAAGGACAGAGAAGGUGGCAGUGGUGAUGGAGGGGACAUCAGCAGGGCCUGUGGAGACCACACAGGACCAGAAGGCCCCUGAAGUGCAGGACUCUGAGGGAGGGGUAGAGAAGGUCUCUCAGUAG